AUGGGGACAUCUGCUCAGCUAACGCAGGUGCAGACCUGCCUGAUUGUUUGGCAGGUGUACCCAGGUGAGAACCUCAUUGAGAUGACAUCUGGGCAAACCAAACUAUCGCUUCGGAGCAGCCUUGUGAUUCCAGAAGUAAACUUUGGAAAGAACCAGACCACAGUCACCGAGUUCAUUCUCCUUGGAUUUCGAGGUCUUCAAAGCUUCAAGAUACCCGUCUUUCUUUUACUUCUGAUUUUCCAUCUUGUAACGUUAUCUGGAAACCUUCUUAUUAUAUGGUUGGUUGUAUCCAACAAGGCUUUACGUUCUCCGAUGUACUUCUUCCUUACACACCUGUCUCUAUCUGACAUAUUUCUGACUUCUAAUAUUAUUCCUGAAGCCCUGUGGCUUAUAUGGCAUGACGGAGGGACUAUGUCCUUUUCGAGGUGCAUUGUUCAGUUUUAUUUUUUUGCUAGUUCUGAAGCUUCAGAGUGUUUAAUUUUGUCUGUAAUGGCUUACGACCGGUAUCUGGCCAUCUGUUACCCUCUACGCUAUAAUUAUCUGAUGAACCCUGUGCUUUGCAGUAUGUUGGUUUCCAUAUCUUGGUUAUUAAGUUUUUUUGCGGUGCUGACUGACACAGUCUCAAUAACUCAACUUCAGUUUUGUGGACCAAAUACUAUUGACCAUUUCUUUUGUGAUUUAGCUCCAAUACUUGAUCUUUCAUGCUCAGAUACUACGUUUAUUGAGAUAGAACUUCUCAUAUUAUGUAUACCGGUGGCUGUUUUUCCACUGCUUGUUAUUGUAGUUUCCUAUAUAUAUAUUGUCCUUGCUGUACUUAGGAUUUCUUCCAAAAGUGGAAGACGGAAAACCUUCUCCACCUGCAGUUCUCACCUGACUGUAGUCUCCAUAUUUUAUGGGACCCUGAUAGGGAUUUAUAUGCUUCCAGCCAAAAGAAAAUCAUUGAAUGUCAGCAAAGUCUCAUCCUUGCUGUAUACAGUGUUGACUCCAAUGAUGAACCCGAUCAUCUACAGCCUGAGAAAUAAUGACAUCCAUGAAGCCAUGAAAAAGUGUGGCUUCAUGUUAGCCCUUGUUCCUUAA